UUUCGAAGCUUCAAACGGUAUCAAGAUUGAAGAAUCUGGCUUCGUGAAACCUGCGAUCGACGUACGUAGCGGCUUAGGGGCAGACAAAAAUGAUGAAAAUGCCGGCGACAUUCAAGUCAUUCAAGGCUCUUUCUCGUACACUGCACCAGACGGCAGCCCAAUCAGUCUCAGGUACAUCGCUGACGAAACAGGAUUUCACCCAGAAGGCGCUCAUCUUCCGACACCGCCGCCUAUACCCAUCGCCAUUCAGAGGGCGCUGAGCGUCCUACCUGACACAACUUCAGAACAACCGUCUUCAUAG